CUGUUUAAUCAGGACGUAACAUAUAGCAUAUAUAUCCUCCUAAACCUUGUUCUUAUUUUGUUCAUUGUGGGGGAUGAUAAAAGAAAAUUUUGAAAAGGGAAAUUGGAUGGGUUCUAACGAGAUACAAUUGAAUGAAAAUGGUCUGACAUUAAAGCCAGAUAAGGCAAAAGUAAGAGAUGUAUUGGAGUUCUUACUUCCUUCGGGUUCCAGAAAGAUAAAAAAGUUGAUGGAAUGUCCAGACGACCAAAUUGAGCUUUACACCAAUUUCAAAGCUCGAUGGACCAUUUCUGUUUCAAUUUUGACCCAGAAAUUCCUUUCUGCCAUCGCUUCUCUUUUCACAAUCUUAGUUGCAUUUUGGUCAAUUAUUCAAAAGUUUUGCUACAAGUAUGUGCUGGCAGCAGAAUUUUGGGUUGCGCCAUCUCGGAUUAUUAAUUUCACGGAUGUGCAGCCCAGAGUAAGAUGUAGUGACUGGGAAUUGCUGGUUCCCGACGACAAUGCAGACAUGAAUUCACAUGACCGUGAUUUCAAAUAUUAUAGUGCCUUAACCAUUAUGGCUUCCAAAUUGGCAUAUCAAGAUUAUUCACGGUCCGCCUCCAUCGUUGAGUUCGUAGUAAAUGACUGCUGGCAGAUGAAAUUAAUUGAUUGUCGCAAUUUCUGGAACGACUUUCAAAACAAAGCUACGACUCAUGCAAUUAUGUUUGAGAACACACACAAAGAUCCAAACGUAACAGUGAUUGCAUUCAGAGGGACAUCCGUACUUGACAUUAACGAUUGGAUGGUUGAUCUGGACUUUUCUUGGUUCCUAUUAGAAGGCAAGGUCGGCAUCCACUCCGGGUUCAUGCAAGCCCUUGGCUAUCAAAAGUCCGGUGGUUGGCCCAAAGAACUCACCGAUCCCAAACAUGAAUUUGCAUAUUACUUCCUUCGCCAAAACCUAAGAGAAAUUGCUAAAUCCAAUGACAAUGCAAAAUUCAUCAUCACUGGCCAUAGUUUGGGUGGUGCCCUUGCUACCCUUUUUGUCACUUUGUUAGCCUACCACAAUGAAACAAUCCUUCUUGACAAGAUUCAAGCUGUUUAUACCUUUGGUCAGCCUAGAGUUGGGAAUCAAAGUUUUGCUCAGUUUAUGGUCGACACUUUCAAAACUCAUGACAUUAAAUAUUAUAGAUAUGUUUACUCUUUUGAUUUGGUUCCUAGAAUUCCUUUCCAUUCUCUUGCUAAUUUCAGCUACAGACACUUUGGUGGAUGCGUCUACUUUGACGUCUUCUACAAUGGCAAGUUUUUGAAGGAGCAGCCAAACACAAACUACUUUUCACUAAUAUGGGUUAUACCCAAAUACUUGAGUGCAGAUUGGGAGUUCAUUAGAAGUUUAAUAAUAACCCCAAUUGUGAAGGGUAGAAAGUACUUCGAGGGUUUUUUUACAAUAAUGGAAAGGACAGUUGGGUUGGUUAUUCCGGGAAUAUCAGCUCAUGUAUGUUCAAAUUAUGUCAACCUGACUCGUUGGGGUAAUAUACAUUUGCCACCUGACCACCACGAACUCUUGAAGUUUGCUCACUACAUUGAAGCUGACUACUAGAAAAUUAAUUGUGUCUGUUUCGAUUUUAUUUUCUCAAACUACUUUACUCUUCUUUUUCUUUCUUGAUUAAUUUUUGUUGUAAGGACGUGUUUGUUUGUUUAGUUUGUUGUUCUUACUUUAUUUUUAAAUUUUGUUAAAAGUAUGAUAUUCGAUGAUGAUCUUUAGAUUAUUUUUUAAUUCCAAAUCAAUGUUAUUGUGCUUGAGGACGACUUGGCUUAA